CAAUAUAUAUCUCGGCGAGAUACACAGAGAGAGAGAGAGAGAGCGCUAGCUCAACUCAAGGCAGGCAGCGAUAAAUACAUACAACAGAUGGCAAAAAGGAAAGUCUAAACGCCUGCAAAGCAGUCGAUGCACACAACUCUACCAAAACCCCAGAUACUCAAACCCCAUUCAACUUCCUUUUGAUUUUCACCACAAUUUUCAAAUCUUUCACAGCCUGCUAGACUAUUUCUCAAGAUCAGGAAUAUUUCUUACUAGAGGAAGUAAAUUAUGACUGGAGGUGGAAAAAGGCAAACCCUUAUGGAGUUAAAGAAGUCACUGCAGAUGAAAAUUGCUAAAGAGAAAUCACUAGCCAAGAACCAAAAACUGAAUUCCCAGGAAAAACUUAUUAAUUUAAUCAUCCCCAAGAAAAAAAUAGACAGUGUAAAAAAGGACAGGAGAAACGACUCCUUAAAAAAUCUGAUCAAGAAAGCCAAGCUACAGAAAAUCAAGGCCUCGAAGAAGCAGUCUCUACUUAAUUGCCAAGUUGAAAAGCUUUCCAAUGAAACUGGAACACAACCUAAAGAGAAUGCUAAAUCUCAAACUUUAAAGAAACGUAGAAAACGGAAAAGGCGAAAAGAUAACGUGGAGCAUGAUGAACCCACUCGGUUGCAGAGAAGAACAAGGUACCUGCUAGUAAAAAUGAAGCUGGAACAGAACCUUAUUGAUGCUUACGCAGGGGAAGGGUGGAAAGGUCAGAGCCGAGAAAAGAUUCGGCCAGAAAAGGAACUACAGAGAGCAAAGCAGCAGAUAUUAAAAUGUAAGCUUGCAAUAAGGGAAGCCGUACGCCAGCUGGAUUCACUUGGUGCUGUAGGAUGCAUUGAAGAAUCUGCAGUGGCUCCUGAUGGAUCUGUCUACCAUGAACAUAUAAUUUGUGCAAUAUGUAAGUUGCGAGAAGCCUUCCCAGAUAAUGAUAUCAUACUGUGUGAUGGGACAUGCAACUCUGCUUUUCAUCAAAAAUGUCUUGAUCCUCCAUUGUUGACUGAAAACAUUCCGCUGGACGACCAAGGCUGGUUUUGCAAAUAUUGUGAAUGUAAGACAGAUAUAUUGGAAGCAAUAAAUGCGCAUCUCGGCACUCACUUCUCUCUAGAUAGUAAUUGGCAGGACAUUUUCAAGGAAGAAGCUGCUUUGCCUGAUGGUGGAGGCUCUAUUCUGGAUCCAGAACAGGAUUUCCCAUCAGAUGAUUCUGAGGAUGAUGACUUUGAUCCAGAAAACUCUGAGAACUGCAGCUGCAGUCACAGCAGAGCAGGAUCAGAAGAUGAGGCUUCUGGAGCAACAAGCAGUUACAGCAGCCUUUGCUUGCCUGAGGGUGAUUUAUUUUCUGAAUUUGGAGCAUUAGAUGAAAGAACCUGGAAAACGAAUUUUGGCGCAGACUCUAAUGAAACAAGUGAUUGUGAAAUCAUCGGUGGUCGCAGACAACGGAAAGAAGUUAACUAUCAAAAGCUGUAUGAUGAAAUGUUUGGCAAGGAUACUUUUGCGAAUGAACAAAUCAGUGAAGAUGAAGACUGGGGUCCUACAAAGAAGAAGAGGAGAGAGAAGGAGUCUGAUGCAGCCAGCACCCUUAUGACUCUGUGUGAGAAUGACAAAAAAUGUCCAGACAAGGGUGCGACAAAACUGAAAGAUACUAUUUUGAGUCGGAAUAAUAGAAGGCCUUUUUUCAGACUACCUCCUGAUGCAGUUGAGAAGCUUCGCCUUGCAUUUGUGGAAAACGAACUUCCAUCAAGAUUGAUCAGAGAAAAUCUUUCUAAUCAAUUAGGUCUUGAAUUUGAAAAGGUUAACAAAUGGUUCAAGAAUGCUCGCUACCUAGCGCUAAAAUCUAGGAAGCUAGAGAUUGGGAAACAGUUGCAUAGUGCUAGUCCAGGUGGUUCUAUAGAGUGCAAAUCAGAUAAUGGCCAAGAUAAAACUGCAGAUCUACUGCCACUACAGAAUAUAUCAUCAGCACAUACGGUCAACCAACCAAAAAGUAUAAAACAGUUCCACAGGAGAAAGAAUCUUCCACUGCUAACCAGUUCACCACAGGAAAGAACACAGCUUGGCUCAAAGACCAGUAAAAAGGCUUCUUUCGGGACUGGUGAUGAUGUCAGUUUGAAAUUGUUAAAAGAGAAGGCAAUAAGAAGAAAGAAAACAAUCAAGAACGGAGCUGAAUUACGAGAAGCAGAGGCUGAGAUGGAGAAGCUGUGUAAAAUGAAGGACAAACUAGAAAAAAUUCAGCAGGUUUUAAAGGCACUUCCGAAUCGCAGAUACGUUGAAGCAAAUAAACAUAGAGAGGAUAAAUCUUCUGUUAUCUUUGUCCCUGUAGCUGAAGUAAGAGACACCAAUAUUUGAACCUGUAGAAGAAUUGUUAUAUUAACCACAAAGCAUAUCUAUUUGUAUUAAUUAGUAUAUAUAAUGGCUUAUUAGAAGGAAAAGAAAGAUGUAAAACAGUGUAGGUCGUUAUAAUCCAAUUUCAAUAUAUUUUUAUCAA